AUGUAUGAUAUCUCCCUUACCACAGUGGAAGAAGUCGAGAGGAAGAUUAGCAGACAUCUCCGGAAGUGGCUGGGGCUCCCACCAAGCUUUACCAGACUAGGCCUAUACAGCAGAACGGCGAGACUGCAGUUACCGUUCACCUCAGUAGUGGAAGAGUUCAAGGUGUGCAAGACAAGGGCCCUGAUGACCUUAGAGGGGAGUAGGGAUGAAAAUGUCAGUCAGACAGGCGUGGAACUGAGGUCAGGACGGAAGUGGUCUGUGGCAAAGGCAGUACAAGAGGCCAAGAGUAGUUUUAGACAUCGCGACAUAGUGGGAGUGGUGGCCCAAGGCAGACUGGGAUUAGGAGCAGGGAAAACUGACCACCAGAGCUGGUGCACAGCAGGGUCAAGAGAGAGAAGGGACAUGGUACAGAGAGAAACUAGAAGGAAAGAGGAGGAAGUUAGAAGGGCCCAGGCAGUGAGUCAAGGUAGUCAGGGUGCAUGGACUAGAUGGGAAGGAGUCAAAGACAGAAAGGUAAUGCGGAAAGAGUUGAACAGAUGGGAGCCCCUGAGAUUGCAAUUCCUCCUUAAGUCAGUGUACAAUCUUCUACCCACUCCAGCAAACAAGAAAAUGUGGGGGAUGCAAGAAGAGGAGAACUGUGGCCUGUGUGGUAAAAGAGGAUCAUUGAGCCAUAUUCUGUCAGGAUUCCCAGUGGCCUUGAGCCAAGGAAGAUACCGGUGGAGGCACGACAAGGUGCUGAGGGUAUUGGCAGCAGUGCUUGAAGAGGAAAGGACGAGAAACAAGCAACAGGUCAGAAAGGGGCCGCAGUUCAUCAGAUUCUUGAGAGAGGGGGAAGCGAGGAAAGGAAAGAAGGAAAGAGGGAAAGAUAUAGGGAUAUUCAACACAGCAAAAGAUUGGGUCUUACAAGUCGACCUAGACAAGAAGUUGAUCUUUCCAGAAGAAGUAGUAACAACAAGUCUAAGACCGGAGGUGAUCCUGAAGUCAAGUCAGACAAAGCAAGUAGUCCUUCUGGAACUGACUGUUCCAUGGGAAGAGAGACUAGAGGAAGCCCAUGAAAGAAAGGCCUUGAAGUAUCAGGAACUUGUUCAGAAUUGCAAAGACCAAGGAUGGAAGACACAAUGCUUCCCAGUGGAGGUCGGGACCAGAGGCUUUAUUGGCCAGUCAGUGUGGAAGGCACUAGGAGCAGUUGGUGUAAAUGGGAAAAAGAGGAGAGAUGCUACCAGAAGACUAACAGAAGAAGCAGGACGCUCAUCACGAUGGAUCUGGAUUCAAAGCAAUGAACGUGAUUGGAAAGGUCAUGACUAG